AUGGAUCAACCAGCAGAAAUCGACCUUCAAAUACUAGCCAACAUUGGCCUCUUUCUUCGUAAUAUAGGAAUGUGUGAAGAAUCUUUCUCUGAAGCAUUCAGGCUGAAUCCACAACAUACAGCACAAGAGCUGCACAGACUUGUUCAAAAGAUUCAGGAACUAGCAACAAACUUGAUCCCAAAAGAGAGCGAGACCAGUAGCUUAGAGCUAGAGGCAGAGAUGGCUUCUUUUUUGAAAUCUCAACAAGAAUUCGUGAAUACCAGCAACAAAGACGAGUUUCUAGUAUCCAAAAAAACCGGUGCUGCUCGAGUAGAUGCAUUGAAGAUAGAUCGAGAGACUCAAAUGAAGAGGAACGUGGUGCACAAUUUUGCUGGACCUCUCGAAAGAUCUACAUUAGGACAGUCUGCAGAGAAUAUGAAUAUGGCAGAUCUUGAUGCUUCUCGGAUUUCUACAGCUAUGAAUGAAAGGAUCGGUUUACUUGAAACUCACCUUGGUCUUUGCACUGGUCCAUCUGCUGAAACUUCACAAAGAUUGAAGCGACUGGAAGAUAGAAUCUGUCAAAUAGAAGAUUGCUUCCCUUCAUUUGCUGCAUUUAAAUUCAACCAGCAGCAUACUUCAAUUCUGCCGAAACGCAACGUGCCAGAAGAUGUUAUUGUGCCAUUAAAAAAAGAAUCAACUACCCAAGCCAAUCAACAAGCUGUUGCAGAGUUUGUUGAAAGUACGAAUGCAUUUAAUGGGAGAAUCGAAAAACUUCAAAAGCUAAUGAGUGGCCAGGAAUAG